AUGGCGCGGGUCUACGCAGAUGUCAACCAGACCAUGCCCCGCAGUUACUGGGACUACGACAGUGUCAACAUCAGCUGGGGAGUUCUCGAGAACUACGAAGUGGUCAGGAAGAUCGGGCGCGGCAAAUACUCCGAGGUCUUUGAGGGUAUCAACGUCGUCAACUACCAGAAAUGUGUCAUCAAGGUUCUGAAGCCGGUUAAGAAGAAGAAGAUCAAGCGUGAGAUCAAGAUUCUCCAGAACCUGGCAGGCGGACCAAACGUCGUCGCAUUGUUGGACGUCGUUAGGGAUAGUCAGAGCAAAACGCCUUCCCUGAUCUUCGAACAUGUUAACAACAUUGACUUCCGAAGCCUGUACCCAAAGUUCAACGAUCUCGACGUUCGCUAUUACAUCAACGAACUUCUGAAGGCGCUUGACUUCUGUCACAGCAAGGGCAUCAUGCAUCGUGACGUUAAGCCUCAUAACGUUAUGAUCGAUCAUGAGAACAGAAAGCUGCGCCUAAUCGACUGGGGUCUGGCCGAAUUCUACCACCCCGGCACAGAGUACAACGUUCGCGUUGCCUCGCGCUAUUUCAAGGGUCCUGAGCUCUUGGUGGAUUUCCAGGAAUACGAUUACAGCUUAGACAUGUGGAGUCUCGGAGCCAUGUUCGCAAGCAUGAUCUUCAGGAAGGAGCCCUUCUUCCAUGGAAACAGUAACUCGGAUCAGCUCGUCAAGAUUGCUAAGGUGCUUGGAACCGACGACUUGUUCGACUACCUCGACAAAUACGAGAUUGAGCUGGAUGCCCAAUACGACGAUAUUCUCGGGCGGUUCCAGAAGAAGCCUUGGCACGGUUUCGUCACGUCGGAGAACCAACGUUUCAUUAGCAACGAGGCGAUUGACUUCCUCGACAAGCUGUUGAGAUACGACCACCAGGAUCGCCUUACUGCCAAGGAAGCUCAGGCCCACCCCUACUUCAACCCCGUUCGCGACCCCGAGACGUUCAAGCAGAGCCUUCGGGAAGCCGACGCAUCUUCCACCUCCACCUCAUGAGUGACGGCCGCAGCAUAUGAUCUACAAUAUCAAUCAGAAGAAAUAGGCGCUCAAUAUUCGAGUUCACAAGUGAUACCCUGCAGGACAUUGCCACCGCAGCGUGCGUCUUGGCACCGCAAGGUCAACAUUCGCGCUGAGGGACCUUUGAAUCUCAAACUCGACGUACAGAUGCACCGACUCUCACCCCACUUGUCUCCUCAUCUCCGACUCUCGACGACACUGGGUUACAAAUCAUCUCUAAACGGACCCCUUCUGUCCAUCUGGACGGACGCGCCACUCGUCUCUCUUCGGUUCUUUGUCAGCGUCAGGAAGCUCAUGCACCGUUCAAACGGCCGGAAUUAAUUAAUUCAGACAUGGGAAAGGAGGGGUGCUUCGAGGGGAGUACACAGCGGCUACGGUCGGACGGACUACGGCAUGGCAAUGCGAGGGAGGACUAUGUUGGUUUAGGGCGGAUAGCGGCGUUGUCGUUUGAUUUUCUCAGGAGGCAUGAUAAGAGGAGGGCCUUGGGAAAAGAAGGACAUGCUGCACAGAUGGCACGUCUCUUUGGUUUCCCCUAGUUGCGUUUUUCCAUUGCAGGUGUAUGGUAUUCCAACGAAACAGCGAUUUAAUCUGUGCGUGUCA